CGGUCAUUUACAAUUCAGUAGCGCGUCCCUGCAGACAAGCAGGUCCCGUUUAGAAAGCUUUUAACAUUGUAGCCGGGCAACAGUUCGUGGCGUCCGCUCGGAAGGUGUUGCAAAGGCGGCGGUAGCAAAGGAACAACAGCUUACCGUUUAUAUCGUGCGCGGAACCGAACCAGACAAACAUGGAUGCCGAAGAUCGACUUAAGCCAGCGGAAGACGCCGACGCGACGAAGGAUGAUGCCGAGAUAGGAUGCGCUUCAGGCGAAGAAGGGUCCGCUGAAACGAGUCAACACGGUGGUCGAGCGCCGCCAGAAGACCUCGGCACUUCUUCGAGCACUUCGGGAGCGGCCACGACAGAGGCGGAAACGGAAGACUCCUCCAAGACUUCCGUAUCGACUGCCGAGGCGCAGGACUCCGGCGAAACUUCGAAGGAUAAGAGUGAAGCCGAGGAUAAGAAUGAAGCCGAGAUGAAAGACCCGGCCAAGACUUCACAGCCAAAAGACAAGACCGCAGCCGAGGCGAAAGAUUCGGUGAAGGCUUCAAAGCCGACGGGUGAGACAGAAACCGGAACGGAAGGCAGUGCCGAUACUUCUCAGCCCACGCCCGAGUCCGAAGAUGAAAUGAAAGAAUCAUCAGAAACGUCACAGUCGACGCCUGAACCCGAAGCCGAAACGAGAGAAGUCGCCGAAAUUUCGCAGCCAGAGGUCGAGACCGAAGCUGAAACCAAAAAGUCCGCCAAGAUGCCCCUGCAAGAAGCCGUCGCCGACCCUUCACGUGCCAGGCAAGUCACGGAGUCGACGUCUUCGUCGGAAACACCCGAGCAGUCCAGCGACGAGAGCAGGAUGGACGUGUCUUCGAAGCCUCCCAGGUACAGUGGUCCGAGGGCCGCCGCCAAACGUUCUUCAGCAAUGGCUUUGGGGAAGCGUCGCCGCCAGCAGCAGCCGUUGACGCCGGACAACGACAACGUCAGUAGCCCUUCUCCGAGCAUUCCUCCAGCCGCCAAGCUGCCCAGGUCCUCGGUGUCUUCGGACUCCGAAGAAGGACUGACGCCCACGGAGAGAGCCCUGGCUGAGGCCCGCAAACUGGAGCUCGAGCGCACGGUUGGCGGAGCGGACGUCGAAAUUGCCGAACCGCCGUCGUCCAGCGGCUCGGCGUCCGUGUCGGUCAGCACGCCCGACGUCAGCUCGGACACCAGCAGCCAGCAGUCGAUGGCCUUGGACCUCCCCGAGGAGGAGCAAGCCCUGACAAGCAGACCGGAGACACCCAGCGAAGGUGCAGGAGCCGCUUCGGGAAGCGGCGAAGUCGCUCAACGACCGCGAGAAUCCGACCCACUCAGACGCAUAGGCUCGCCGUUGUCCUUCGCCGAAGCCGCGCUCCGGCCGUCUUCCUGCGAGGACGUCGUCAAACCGCUGACGAAGUGGCCCGCCUCACCGUGUCUCUCCAGCAGCUCCACCACAACCAGCAGUCUGUCCUCGUUCACGGACAGCGAAGCCGGAGGAGCCGGUGGCAACUUGUCGAGGUCCGCUUCACUCCAAGGUACGAGCACCUCGCAGAGGACCUUCCCCGCCGGGAAAAAACCUCUCACCAGAUCGGAAACCAUUGCGGGACCCUUGACGACGUGUGCAAGUGCCGGUGGGGAAGGCGCGCCCGUUUCGCUCACCCUGCAGUCCGCCGAAAUGUUGAGCCGAACGCAGCCAGCCGGCGAGGAGACCCAGGAGGAGAAGAUGGAGGAGGACGCGUCGUCGGAGCCGUCCAGGGAGGCGGGAACUUCGAGCCUCGGAGCGUCGUCUAGUCGAGGAGAAAGCGCCGGACCGGGAGGGAACGUCACUUCUUCAGGCGGCGGAGGGCCGCCCGGUUCGCCCCCCGGAAGCGGACCGGGACCCCAGCCCAUGGAGUCGGAUGAAUCUGAGUCUGAUCAGCAAAUCGACGACCAGCCGCAAGCCGGACCAGGAGAUGAACUGGUGACGUCCUUCGUGGGUCCCCGAGCUCCGCGCACCGUGUCUGCCGAAGAAUGGGACGCCACGAAGCGUACUAACGGCAAGGCCAGCGACACGAGCACGGAAGACGACCAGCCGGGACCCUCCGGUGGAUAGACUAUAGAGGAUGAUCGCACAGCUGUGGUAUGCCCUUGAGCAACUGCCACCCAUCGUGUGACUGCCCAGGACACGUCAUUUAGGCUUAGUAUAGUGUUUUUAUCUGCGUUUGCUUGCAGGUGCGUACUGUGUAUAGAAAAUUAGGCACACGAUCUCUACGUUCCCAGUGCCCUUCCUUCGUCCGUGUCUUAUUUUACUCUCUUUUGCUAUAAUGAUCGCAUUUAGCAACUCGUUUAUUUUGGUCUGGGUGCCCUUUUAGAAAGAAU